AUGAGUAGUAAGAUUAUUAGCGGAAAGAGAUUUGAAGGGAAAGUGGUAAUUGUGACUGCUUCAACACAAGGUAUAGGCUUUUCUAUUGCUGAGAGGUUUGGAUUGGAAGGUGCCUCUGUUGUCAUCUCUUCUCGCAAGCAGAAAAAUGUAGAUGAGGCGGUUGAGAAACUCGAAGGUAAAGGCAUCAAAGUGUUGGGUGUCGUCUGUCACGUGUCAAAUGCACAACAGAGGAAGAGUCUCAUAGAGAGUACUGUUCAGAAAUAUGGAAAGAUAGACGUUAUUGUAUCCAAUGCUGCUGUCAAUCCAUCUACCGAUUCCAUUUUGGAAACACAAGAAUCUGUCCUCGAUAAACUCUGGGAAAUUAAUGUUAAAGCCACUAUCCUCCUUCUGAAGGAUGCGGCCCCUCACAUGAAGAAAGGUUCUUCAGUUAUUCUGAUUUCCUCUAUUGGUGGCUACCAUCCACAUUCUUCAAUGGCUAUGUAUGGGGUCACAAAGACGGCCCUUUUUGGGCUUACCAAGGUGCUUGCAGCUGAGAUGGCUCCUCACACUCGUGUGAACUGUAUAGCUCCUGGGUUUGUGCCAACACACUUUGCUGAUUACAUUACAGGCAAUCAGACUAUUAGGAAGAACAUUGAGGAUCAGACCUUGCUUAACAGACUCGGUACCACAGACGACAUGGCCUCUGCAGCUGCCUUUUUGGCGUCCGAUGACGCUUCUUACAUAACAGGGGAAACUUUGGUGGUAGCUGGAGGGAUGCCAUCCAGACUGUAG